GCCAUAGCGCGUGCCCGAUGCGUUGUGGGUGGAGGGGAUCCAGAUCGUGUAGGGAAUCAGGGACGAGGCCAGUGCACUCCGAGUGAACAGGGCAAGAAGAUGGCACGGGUCGGUAGCGCAGUGUGCGGCGUUCCCGCUGUCUUUCCUCUGCUCUUCGUGGCAAUGGCGAUGGCAGCAUCCGAUCUGUUUGACAACCAACUGGGAGACAUCAGCUACUGCAAAAACCAGUGUCAGAUCACCAUCAAAAACAAAAAAGCUGCCAAAGACUCCAUAAUGAAUGCAUGCUACCGGGGCUGCCGGCUCUAUUCAAUUUGCCAGUUUGUGAAUGGGAACACAGGCUUCAACAACAGCAAGGAGGAAUGCCAGGGAGCAUGCCAGGAAGCAUACAGUAAAUUACUGGAGCAGGAGGCUUGUAGCACAGGCUGUACCAGCCAACCAGCUGAGCCUGAAAUCAAACGGAGGAAGCUCAAGGCCCUGACCAACCGCCCCAAACCAGUUUCAGUAAUGGAUGCUUUGUUUGGUUGGUGUAACGAUGUUGUCAGCUCUGCUCAAAGCUUCAUGUCCUCCACCUGGACUUUCUACCUGCAGGCUGAUGAUGGCAAGGUGGUUGUGUUCCAGAGCGAGCCAGAGAUUGAGUAUUAUUUACCUGAGUUGCAAGCCCCACACACCAGUGUUGCAAACAAACCUUGGACUGAAGGAAAUCCUCAGACACAGAGGCUACAAUCUGGAGAGCGAUUGCAUGGAGAGAGAAAUGAGCUUAAAGCUGAGAGCAAGGGAAAACACAGCAGUCAGCAUGUUGAGGACACGGUUGCAGAGCACGACUUCCUGGGCUGCAUGUCAAGGCGUUCAGGUCUGCCACGUUGGAUCUUGGCUACAUGUCUCCUGUUGUCAAUCAUGGUGAUGCUGUGGCUGAGCUGUGCCAGCCUGGUAACAGCACCUGAGCAACAUGUAAAGACUCAGUUGAGCAUCAAUGGAGAUAAGGAGUUCCUAGACUACAUGCCAAAAGUCAACCCCUACCAUCUGACUUCAGUGAUUGCUGUAGCAGUUGGUCAUCAUGAUGAAGAAAAAGAGGCAGGGCCUCUGCCAGUCAAAGUUGACCUGAACAAAACCUCACUAUAAAAUCAUUAUAACGUGUGUAAUCUGUUAGUAUUUCUGUCCCUCAAAUAGAGGAAGAAAUCAUCACAUUUAAGUUUUUUUAAAAUAAAAAUGCAUGGUUUAUUUAUUCUUAUUGAUAUUCCUAUAUAUAGGAACAGGUUACACACAGUGAAGCCAUUGAGUAAUAAGUAAUAUUGAUAUAGGUGUUUAUUGUGUUCACUAGACAGUGCUGCUUUCAAAAACAUUAAGAACAUGAUUAACCAAGCUGUGAUUGUAGCACUUAAGGGAUUUGGGAUGCUAGGAUGUUCUUUGAACUAGAAUGUCUGUAACGCAGCCAAGGUACUCCUUACUACAGUGAGCAAAAGACAAACAUUGACAGCAUCAUUUUCAAUUUGAUUAGUUAUGUUUGAAUAGAGAUUUUGACACUUGAUUUUGCCACAACAGGAGACAGGCCCUACUCAUGGAAUAAUCAUGUGUACAUACAUGUAGUUAUUUAUUUAUCUCCAUCACUAAUGUAUAUCACUUAUGUAUAAGAUCUUAUUGUACUUUAUCUCUCAUUUAGAUGCUAAUAGAUAAGAUGCUGUGAUUAAGUAGUAUUUACAGAAAGCUUCUAAUAAGAUUGAGUGAUACCUAGGUAAAGUAAGAAUGUAAAUAUCUCUUUUAUUCUUAAGAUUGUCGAAUGGGAUGAUUCUCCUACUUCUGCUUAGUGCUAGGGUUUGACAAAUAGAUCAUAUGUUACCAGCCGUAGAGCUCACUAGCCUCAUGGCUCUUCUAGUGCUGAUUGUGUUUCUUUUACCCAUGUGGUCCUAAUUGCAGUGCAUGCUAAUAUGUUUUGAGACCUAUCUGCCUACCCACUUAUGGCAAUAGACUAAUAUAUGCUGUUAAUAUUUGUGUUCAUAGCUUAAUGUUGAAGAGGCAAUGCAAUUAUAAAAUACAGAUGAGUUAAGUAAAUAAAUAUCACAAAGAUGUUAACUGCUUUUUAGGUACACGAUUGUUGCAUGACCAAAUCCAUAGUACAUAAUGAACAUAUUUUUUCCACAUAAUUAUCUGGCUGUUAGAAAUUUGUUUGAUCUACAGGAUUUGCUUCAGAACUCAUUAGUUAUUUAUUAUUAAUACAGAUUUUCUCUGUGUCCGCAUGUCAUGAAGUACACAAAACAGUAUAAGAAAAGAGAGAGAAUAUACUAGUUUAUUGAAAUUCUCAGUUUUCCUUUGCCAUUUUCAAAGGCAGCCACAAAGAGGGUGCUAUCUCUUACAGUUUAACCAUAGCAUUUAUGUAUUUGACUUUUCUGGUUUUUCAGCUAAAUCAGCAGCCAGACUGAACAUGAAUAACAUUUGCAUGGAUAAAAGUCAAUUCAUUAAUCAAGUAGCUAUAUAGUGCCACAUCUCUCUCUUUGUGUCACAAUCUUUAAUACUAACUGCCUCAAGUAUGAUAUUUAAGCGAUUAAUUUAAGGCAAUGCGUGCUAUGUUUCAGGGUAAUAUUGCCGCGAAUUAUAAACAACUCUAAUCACAUCCUUUCUUCUAUUAUUUUUUUUAUUUUUUCAUACAUUCUGGUUUGUUACAUGUGACUGUGCCCCCUAGUGAACACAUUUAUGUACAUGCAAGUAUGAUGGCAUGCAUUUGUGUGAAUUUUAUAACAUUUGUAAAAACUUAGCUUAUAUAUCAAUUGGCUAUUGGCUAUUAAUAAAUCCAAGCAUUUAUGCUAAUUAUUUAA